AUGACUGUCUACAAACAACCUGCUGUCUUUUAUGUUAACGCUGCCCUCUUUGACUGUGAUGGUACCUUAGUGAAUUCCACUGGUGCUAUUUCAGAAUUCUGGAAUGAAUUUGGUAAGACCAGACCACAUGUUAACCCUGCAGAAAUUAUCAGAACUUCUCACGGGUGCAGAACUUUUGACGUUAUCGCAAAGUGGUCUCCAGAAGAUGCCAUCCCAGAACAAGUUACACAAUGGGAAGGUGAGAUCCCUGACACAUUUGGACAUGCAGCCAAGCCUAUUGCAGGUGCUGUUGAAUUAGUGCAUCAAUUUGAUGACUAUUCCAAGAAUGAAACUGAUAAUGGUAAGCAAAGAUGGGCUAUUGUCACAUCUGGAACUUUACCAUUAGCCACCAAAUGGUUAAAAUUAUUAAAGAUUAGACAACCAGACUGUUUCAUCACCGCUGAAAAGGUUACCAAGGGUAAGCCACAUCCUAUGGGUUACCAAAAUGCUAGAAAUACCUUAGGAUAUGAAGAUGGAGCCAAAAAGGUAGUUGUCUUUGAAGACGCUCCUGCAGGUAUUACUGCUGGUAAGGGAGCCGGUGCCAUGAUUGUUGGUAUCUGUUCUACUUACGGACCAGAAAAGGUGAGAGAUGCCGGGGCUGAUAUCGUCGUUGAUGAUCUUUCAUCAUUCCGUGUUGAUUCAUACAACAAGGAAACCGAUGAAUUCAAAGUUGUCGUAGAAAACUACCAUUACGCCAAUGAAGAAUUUUUGGAACUUGCCUAA